AUGAGUUCUGAAGACCUACCGUCAUUACCUAUUGUUUCAUCUGGUUCUUCUUCAUCAUGUUCGACUCCGUCUUUGAAUCCGGCUCAAGUACAAUUAUUACAAACUUUAAAAGAUAACUUAUUUAAAAUUGAUAAUGAUCAAGAGUCGGAUUCUGGAGGGGAUGAAACUGGCUCUAAUUCGUUUUCCUCGACCAAUUCUACUUUCCCUGUCAUGGUAAAGAUCUUAUCUGAUGACAUUUCUAUUUUACCUCAUGAUUUGAUCUCAUUUUUUGAAUUUAAGGAUCAAGCCAUAUCUCAAACCUCAAUUAUACCAGUAUCAUUAAAAUCUCAAUUGGAUCAAUUUUUAACUAAAUUAACACGUCAAUUAAACAUUGAAUAUGAAUUAAAUUAUGAUAAAUUCAUUAGUCAUCCAGGUGUGGUGUUCAUUAAAAAUAUUUCUCCUGACUUAAUCAUUGAUAAUAGCCAAUUAUCCUCAUUUGAAAUCGACGAAAUAAAUGAUUCUAUAACUAUUACUGAUAAAACCAAUAAAUUUAUCAAGUUUUUGAAUGAUAAUGUAAGUUUUAAAUCAUUUAAUAACUUAAAGAUCUUUAAUUUUAAAAAUCAACCCAAUUCUUCAUCAUCAAAUUCAUCCUUAAAUAGUGGUCAAAAUACUUCCAAUAUUAUCAAUAAUAAUUAUAGUUAUGCGAUAGUUAAAUUUGAUAACUAUUUGGAUGUAGAUUAUUUGCUUCAAAACUUAAACAAACCAGUUCCAUCUAAUCAAUCCAAUAUUUUCAAUCAUAAAUCAACCAUUCCAUUAUUUGUAAAUCGAUACAUUAAUAAACGGGAAAGAAAUAAACAACAACAUCAACAUCAACUUCAUCAUCAUCAUCAUCAUCAUAAGACACCUCAUCAUAAUCAAGACAUGGAUAAUAAUCAAAAUUUGAAUACAGCAUCCUUCGAUUUAAUCAUUGUAGAGAAUUUAUUCAAAUUCUUGCCUAACCAAGAUAAAAUCACCAAACUGGAAUUCCAAAGUUUUAUUGAUGUUUUCAAACAGUUCAACCCUCAAAUUGAAUUUAUUCAUUUUCCCAUUAAUAAUGAAAGUAAUAACAUAACUGAUAAGGAUGCAUAUGAGUUAGUUUAUAAUUUUGGAUAUUUUAAAUUCAUUCAUUCACCAAAUUUAAUAGAAUUAACUUUGAAAAUUCUUUACUAUUUAAAUGAUUUAACUUGGGAGCAAUUUAUUAAUUUUAAAAUGAAAGACCAUAAGGAUUCAGAUUUAUUAUACCAUACCCCUAAUUUAGAGCCAAUAGAAAAUGGAAUCAAAAUAAAUAUCGUUCAACAUAAACAUAAUCAUUUGCUCACUCAAUCAAUUUCUACUUCAACUUCGAGCAAUCCUGUCACUUUAUAUUUGAAUGAUUUAUCAGAUCUUAUCGUAUCACCCUAUUCUUUACCUAAUUUGUCAUCAGUAUUACUAAGAUUUAUUAAUUAUCAAGAUACUAAUAUAUACGUAAAUAAUUUAUCAAUACUAUUUAAGAAUGAUGAUGACCUAUGGAAAUUAUUUUGGAAAAAUUUUGGAUCUAUAAAGUCAGCAACUAUUAUCAAACCUAACUUUUAUAAUAAUAAAGAUGAAUCAUCGUCGACGAAGUAUGGUAGGAUUGGGUUUAUCUUUUAUGAACAUUUCAAGAUGUCAAUCAAAGCUAUGUUGCUUACCAAUAACAAAUCAAUAUCAAUUCAAAGUGGUUCAAGAAAACAAACUUAUUUAAUUCAAUCAUGUUUUGCAAUUCAAAAACCAAAUUUCAAAUACAGUUCAAGUUCAAAUAUACAUUCAUCAAGUAGUGGUAAUGCUUUAAACCUUUCGUCGUCGUCGUCUUCUUCUAAUUCAUUCCAUUUUCAACAACUGCAACUGCAACUAUCAUCACAUCAACAAGUUCAACAACAACAAGGGCAAUCAUCCCAACAAUCAAUCCAACCACCCCAUCGUCGUGUAUCCCAAGAUCAUUCACAACAACAGUUCCAAUUCCAACAAAGACCCUCGUUAAUAGUUGCACAUCCAACUCAACAACCUCCUCCAUUACCACAAGGUUAUUCAUAUAUGUAUAUUCCUCAAUAUCCUAAUGCUGCUCAACCUCCUCCACCAGAUCAUCAAUAUCCUUCACUCCAACCUCCUCCUAUGCCUACUUACUUCUAUCAAUUACCUCCAUCACCUACAUCUUAUGCUCAUAAUCCAGCAGGAAUGAGUAAUCAUUCUCCUACCUACAAUUACUAUCAAAACUCAUAUGAUUACUUCUAUCAACAUCCAUCAGAGGAGAACGAGGAUAAAGAUGAGGACACAUUUUAG